AUGUCCAACGGGUUCUGUAACACCUACUGCUCGCAAAGGAAUGCUGCCGUGGCCAUUGUCCAGGGCAAUAACUGCUGGUGCUCCAACCAGGUGGUUCUGGAUACCGUCUCUAGCUCCAACUGUGACGAUCCGUGUCCAGGGUUCCCAAGCGAAAAGUGUGCCAAAGACGGCUACUAUGGCUACUUGGUGAUCGGCUCCCCAUCAGCCACCGUGGGUGCUUCUUCCAGUACCUCCACCUCCACCUCGUCCACAUCCACAACCUCAAGAACGACAUCCUCAUCCACAUCCUCCACCAAGGACAACGAUGACACUACCUUGGUGACCCGGACCACCCAGGUCACCAACACCAGGGAAACUAGCAGAACUGUCGAGAGCACCAUGGUGUUGACCCAGUCACCAUCAUCCAGCUCAUCCAGCUCAUCCAGCUCCAGCUCGUCUAGCUCGUCAAGCUCAUCCAGCUCAUCGAGCUCCACUUCAUCCUCGAGCUCCUCGUCCGAGUCUUCCUCGUCUUCUACAUCGUCCAGCUCGUCAAGCUCCUCGAGCAGUUCGUCCUCAGAAAACAAGAUUUCCGCAACCACCAUCUAUUCGAUCAAAACCGUAGAUGGUGCAUCCCAGACCCAGGUGGUCAGGACCGAAUACGUCACCCUGGCACCUACCUCCAACAACUCGUCACCAUCGUCCCUGACGCCUCCCGCACAAGACAACAAGAAUUCCUUCUUCGAUUCUAAGGGUAAAGUUGCAGGUACUUUCACUGCUGUUGGUCUUGUUGUCUUGGGAUUAAUUUCAGGAAUUCUCUACUGCUGCUGCUGCGGAGCAGCAGGCAGGCGCAAGGAUGACGAGCAUGAUGGAUUCACUGACGAGGAGAACCAAUACUCGUCAGACGAACUUUCUAUUGGAAAUGCCAAAACAAUUGCAGGCUCAUUUCCUCAUUCCAAGAGUGGAUCGGUUGGGUCCAACUCCCAAUUGAAGAGGGACAACUCCAGCAAGUCCAUUCUUUCGCUCUUCAACUCUGUCAAUGUCUUGACCGGUGGAAACCAUACCACCGACGAUCCUAAUGGGGUCGGGAGAAGCUCAUCGAGAAAGAAGUUGAUCCCUGGCAAAUAUGCCGAACCCAGCCAAGGGGAUGUGACCAUGUUCCCAAUCGACGAAUUGGACACCAGGUUAGAUCCCAGAACCAUGUUCAUGACCACCAACAACGACAGCAACAAGUCAUUAAAUGACGAUGUUGACUAUUCUCGGCGGAUCUUGAAGAUUACCAACCCCGAGUAA